UCCCGUCUAAUCAAUUUUACCUGUUACAAAACAAAUAUGGCGUCCGGAGUGGCAGUGAAAACGGGCAAGAAGAAAUCAAAAGAGGCCUCAGCCACUUUCAGUGAGAUUUCUCUCCGACAGAAUGGUUCGGUCCUAGAGUACUGUCGCACUUCAAUGUCAGCCCUGUCUGGCUGUGCUGCAGGGAUUUUAGGAUUGACGGGGCUACAAGGAUUCUUAUUCUACUUUGUUACUGCUUUUGUUUUGUCAAUUAUGCUGCUACUGAAGGCAGGAGCCUCUUGGAACAAAUUCUUUAUAAACAGAAGACAGAUUUUCCUGAGCGGUUUAUUUGGUGGACUUUUUACAUAUAUUUUAGCAUGGACAUUCCUGUAUGGUAUGGUUCACGUGUACUGACGAAUCCACUCGACACCACGGCCAGUGCAAUCUCAUCGUUGUGUACAUUUGUAAAUAAAAAUAAUAACACAG